CCCCGUAUAUCUAUGAAUGCACUGAUCGCUGUCGUGAUCAUGGAUGUAUUAGGAGAAAACGGUCGUGGUGCUAUCGUUGUCGCGCUUUAACGGAACUUUAAAAAUCUUAAAUGUCGAACCCCGGUUCACGUCCCGUCAAGAAACUCGGUCAUUUACCAAAACUGGCGACGUGAUCAGAGAAGACUGCUCAAAUUCAAGCUUGGCCCAGGUGUAUGAGGAGCCGGAUGAUGGGUUUCUGGCAGCCGGUUACCAACCUUAGAGAUUAUGUAUCCCAAAAUCCUCCAGGGGUUACAUUCUUCCUGUGUCUGUUGACUUUGGCUAUCUCCUUUAUCUGCCUCAGCUCUUACAGCUACACUCACACUCUGCCUAACCCUGACACAGUAAAGGACUGGAACUAUCUGCUGUCCUCCUUAUCUAAGUUCCAGCUGUGUGUGAAAGCCAAUGCAAGUACAUCUGAGCUUGUCUCGCCAGUCCCCUCUCCUAUGAUGGAUAGAAACAUUUCAGUUGACUCUACAAAGACUCCUCUCACCAUGUUGCGUCUCAAGGUUCCUCUGGUUGUGACUACCAACUCAAACAGUGGCUCUCUAAAAUACCUUGGUUUACAGACUGCCUUGAGAGCCAGUCAAUUACAUCUUGGAGGCAAUGAGAUUGUUAAUGUGACUCUAGAGGUUUUGUCUGGAAAUGAUACCUACACCUGCCUCACCAUUAAUGCCCAAACACACCUCCUGCCCAUGAGCCUACUUCCGCCAGAGUGCCCUGCAUCUGAGAACAACAUUUCACCCAUCCAUGUGGAAGCGAGCAACCAGCUGCCUAAAGCAUCACAAACCUGCUUCAGUCUACGCUCCAAGAACGACCCUACACUCACAGUCAUGUUAACACAGGUGGAGCAGAGCGUGGCGGUGCGACAUCUGUUGGAAGUCAGUGUGUGUCUGCUAGGAGUUUGUUUGUUACUCUGUGUAGCUGCUAGUCUGACACAUCCGACCCUACGCCACUACCAUUGGAAUGGACUGGAUCUACAAAAUGAGCCCUUGAUAGACAACUGAACAUUUUUCAUCUGCUGCAUCCUAAACAAAUCAGUUGGUGUUGGAGAGAGAAGAGCGAUAUGUGCGAUAUGAUACUUUUUAAAGUGGUAUCCCAGCAAUUUGACAAAAUAAACCGUUUUUCAUGUUGUUUAACGUCUUCAGUAGCUCUGGAGGGAGCUUGUUAAAGAAAUGAACCCUGGUAGUUAUCUUCACUUGGGAUGGGAGACAAGAUAGUAUGUAGCAUCCAGCGAAGUGAAGAUAUUUAAUCUUCUGCUGCAUCAAUUCUGAACAUUUUUAAUCCGUCUCUUACAAGUUUCCCAACUUACAAAGUACAAUAUUUAACCAGUGGAGCAUCUCUGUUAUAGGGGACUGAGGUAUUAUAUGAUAUCCAAGUGAGUAACAGGGUUGUGAUAGAGAAGAGUGUAUUUGUAAUGGGAACAACUUUUUAGCUGGUAAUGCCUACACUGAUCACUGGUAAUACGUUCACUGUACAGUCUCUUAUAUGCAGUGUGUGCCAUGUUUACUUCAUUUCCCACAUUUCCCAGAAUGACUCUCAAUGGAAAAUGGACAAUAACGUGUUGAAUUCACCAGAGUGAGAUCUAAUUGAGUGUUUUUCCAGUCAAAAACCUAAAUCUAAUAUUUUUUUAAAUUGGGAAAGUAGUUUUUGUAAUAAUGUAUUCCUAUCAACAGAUGUUUUUUCUUUCUAAAUGUUACUAGACCAAAGUUCUUUGGGUAUUCUAGGCAAGUUUGUCUGUUUUUAAACUCAAAUGUACAUAUCUGACACUGAAAGCUCAUUGAAUCCAGAUGCCAGAUCUACAGUUCCACAAGUAUUCUUGCAUCCACCUUCAUUGUGUUAUAUCUAUAGACUAAAAAAAAUAUAAUAUAAAACAAAAUACUGGAUGUAGCAGCAGUUACGUCCC